ACAGCGAUCGGGUAGGAACCAACAGCACUAGAAAGAAACAUAAUGGGAUCAGAACUACUAACUACCCUGGUCGAACUGGGAUUCGAGUCUGCAAAAGCCGAAAGAGCGCUGAAAGCAACAGAUAACCGGAGCGUGGAUGCUGCCUUGGAUUGGUUGGAGAAAUACGGAGACAAUCUUCCGCCUGAGCCAGAAGAGAAAGAAGGAGCCAAUGCUGGGCAGUCAACUAUUGAAGAGAAAAAACCCGAAGUAGAGGCCACGGGAGCUUCUUCUUCUCCAAAAUUGAACAAACCAAACAUGGCUAAAGGAUUGAAAUGCACCGAAUGCGAUAAGUUCUUCAAAAACAAUGCGUUGGCUAGUUAUCAUUCUGAGAAAAGUGGACACAUCAAUUUCGACGAAGUCGAGUAUGAGGCUAAGCCAUUGACGGAAGAAGAGAAACAGGAACGGUUGGAUAAGCUUCGAGAACAACUCAAAGAACGCCAAAUCGCCAAGAAAAAGCUAGAGGCUCAAGAGAGCAAAGCUAAUGAAGCUAUCCGUCGUAAGGGGGGUAAGGACAUGGUCAACAUCAAGGAAGAACUGAAGAAAAAGGAGAUGGAGAAAGAGAUUGCGCAAAGGAAGAAAGACAAGUUAGAGGACGAGUUGGCUAAAGCUCGAGCGCGGGCGGCGAUUGCGGAAGAUAAACAAGAACGGGCACGCAAAGCGGCGUCUGAGAAAGCUAAACGAACGGGGAUACCGCCACCACCGGAGCCAGAGAAAGUGGUCAGAGCGCCGAUGAAGAAGCGGACGAGUGGAGAGGCCGGAAGUGGGUCGACGAAGGAAUACAGCGAAGGUCGGUUCCAGUUAAGGCUGCCCAACCCCGAGGGCUCCGUCGUCGUCAUCAGCUUGGAGGCCCAUAAAUCCCUCGUCGAUCUCGCCCAUGCCUUGGCUGAUCAUCCCGAGUUCAAUCACUUCCUCGAUCGCCCCGCUUCCUCCCUCCGCUUCUCUACUACUUAUCCCCGCAAAAUCUUCUCCCAUGAUGAAAUGCUUAAAUCUAUUAAGGAUUUGGGCUUGCUUCCUUCUGUCGCUCUUGCUGUAUCUUACACUUAAAAACUAAUUUCUUCUUCUAAAGGUUGAUCAAGAAAUAUAUAUACAAAUAAAUAAAUAAAGAAUAUCGGUGAUUUUAUCUUACUUUGACUGGUCAAUAUUGGUAUGACAUCACAUGUUACACACUUACAUAUUUUAUAUCCUCUUCUUUUAUCUCCCUCUUUCUUCUUCUGUAAUUUCAAAAAUCAAUUAUAUCAAUAACAGUAAAAUGAAGAAAAGAAGUUUUGUAGACUAUCAUUUCUUGUCACAACUGGACAAUCAAUCUAGUGAAAAAAGUGAGUCAUAUGGAACAUGUUGUUGAGAAGUGCAUUUCAUUCUUUUCUCUUUUCUUUCAUGUUGUAUGCUACAUACCUGUCACACUCCUGUCACAGAUAGUGUAGUUUACCUGAGCCAGAACAGAGUACGUGGAAGGAUUCUCU